AUGAGCAACACAAAUAAGACAGAAUUAACGCAGGAGAAUAAGGGCAUGAACAACUCUAACACUACAAAAACAUUGUGGGUAGGGGACUUAGACAAAAUAAAAGAUGAAGUAGUAGAUGAGAACUAUAUUUUAUAUUGCAUGUUUUACGAAUUUGCAGAGGACAUAAUAAAAGUAAAAUUAUGUAAAGAGAGAACAUCUCAAAAAACAUCAUAUGCGUUCAUUGAAUUCACAAGCUUUGACAUUGCAAAAUAUUGUUUUGAUAAUUUAAACGGGAAGUGGAUACCAGGAAGAAUGCAUAAAUUUAAGCUGAAUUGGGCAAAGUAUAAUGUGAGCGAAAAUGUAAAUACUAAUACUAGUGAAAAGAGUUUAGAUGUUGAAUUAGAUGAUAAAGGCACAUAUUCCAUAUAUGUUGGAGGAUUACCCAAAGGAACUACAAAAGAAGAAAUUGAAACUUUAUUUUCACGUUUUUAUACGAGUAUAUGUUUUGUAAAGAUGAUUAAAAAUAUGCAGAAAAAUCAAAAUAGAAUAUAUUGCUUUAUUCAUUUUUUUAACCACGAUGAGUGUAUUAGGGCUUUAGCUGAAAUGGAUGGCUAUGAUUUUAAGGGUUGUAAAAUUAAAGUCAGCACGUCCAAUGGGGCAAAAAUUAACAAAGGGACUGGAGAUCCCAAUAACUACUACUACAAAAAUGGUAACUAUCAAAUGCACCUUAACAACUUGAAGGUUAUGAACAUGGGAAUGAACAUUAACAUGGACAUGAGUAAUUACAACAUGGGAACAUACGUCGGCAAUUAUGCUCAGGGGGGAUCUUACCCUCAGGGAAAUUGCAGCCAAGCCAACUAUGACCAAGCAAAUUAUAACGCAAGUAUUAACAACAAUAAUGAUAACAGCAAUAAUAACAACAAUGACAGUACAAACGAAAAUGACAACAGCAAUGAUAACAACAGUGGUAAGAGCAACAAUGACAAUAUUAAUAACAGCAGUAAUAAUAAAAUAACUAGCAAGCAUGCCGAUAAAGAAGAAGGUAAAAACAGCGCAGGAGUAGUAGGAGAUUCGAUUAAAAAUUAUCACCUCUACUAUAACAGCGUAAAUAAUGAAUUGAAUAACCCAUAUAAGGUAAACUAUUAUGAUCAUUUGAAUUCAAACAUUACUGCAUUUCCUAUGUAUAACAGCACAGCUAACCGUGGUACAACUAAUAUGCCAUAUAAUUCUAAUAAUUACGGCAAUGAAAUGAAUUACUACACGGGCCAAAUGGCACAAAUGGUACAGAUGCAUAAUUAUGGGAAUGAUGGGAAUCCUAUUAACAGCUUCUCCAGGAGCAAUGAACAAGUGAAUAAUUACAACGCAGAAAUUAAUUGUUUAAAUAAUUUUAACCUUACUCCCGGAAAGGAGGAUGAUCAGAACCUUAUGAAUUACAGAAUGAGUAACAUAAAUUACCCAUGUGAUAUUAACAACUAUUAUAUAAAUGACAGUAGAAAAAACAUGACACAUGAUAAGAAAGAAGCUAAUAAUAAUGUAAAAAAUGUAGACUUGUCAACUGAAUCCAAGGUGAUAAAUCAUAUGAAGCAGAAAAACGAAAUGAUUGAGGAAAAUAUAAACAAUAUUAACCAUUCAUAUGGAUUAAAUUUUUAUAACGUCCCUUGUUUGAACAAUGAAUAUAAUAACAAUGGAUUUACCAUGAUUAAUAAUAAUAAUUGUCAUACAAAUGGUGAAGUUAAUUAUAAUGGUAACAUGAGCAAUUUCCACACGAAUGAUAUGAGCAGCGGUAAUAAUUAUUACUAUGGUGGAGAUGAGCAUAACAAAAACAGCAAUAGCAAAGAGAAAAACAAUAAUCGAAAUCACAGUAAUACCAACAAUAGCACGAACAGUGGAAGUAUGGAUAACAACGAAACUAUUGAUAAUGAACAUAGUAUUCAUAAUAACGACACUAUGGAUAAUAACGGUAGUGUUUACAAGAACGAUAUCAACGAUGAUAGUAGCAAGUAA